AUGCAACGGACUCGAAAUGAUCUCGGUGAUGGAGAAUUUGGCCUCUCUAUAGGGGGUAAUGAUGACGUUGGUGAAUUUGUUAUAUCCCCGGAUGAUGGAAGUCAACAUGAUACGGAACAAUUGUCAUAUGACGAGGAUGACGUAGUAAUGGCGAGCCAGUCAAUCGGUAUUAUUAAAGAACUUAUGAAGCGUCUACUCAAAGUACAAAAACAGAUUAAAAUGUUAAAAGAAAAUAUCCAGAAUCGAGUGGGGAGGGACAACUCAGAAACAAGAGUUUUACCUACAGAAACUGGAGUUGAUACAGAGGAUAUAUUUGUUUUAUUAAAAAAAUAUGAUGAAAUUCAUUUUUUUCUUUGGGGACGUUUGGCAAGAAUACUUCAUGAUGAACAUCAAAGGUGUGCAGAUGUCUAUACAGAUACACUAAGUAUGCAUGAUCGUGUACCGUUUGAGUCUCUUACACAUGCUAUUCAUCAUAAUACAGCUUUUUGUGAUUUUAUGGGGGAGAUUAUUGGUGCUACUCUAGAACGUGAUAAUUCAUCUACUUUGAAUGAAAAUGAUCCUGCACAACUUGCUUUGGUUCAGCACACCAAAAGUUUGGAAAAUAUUCAACUUGUUGCAACAUAUGCUGCUUUGCUAGUUGUAGAAGGUUCACGGGAAAGUUUUUUGGAUCCUUUAUCUAUUUCUGACCUCUGCAAAAUUGUUGUUGAAGAAAAAACUCGUCGAAAACGAUUAUUAGCACUUUCAUUGACAUUUAGCAUGCUUGAUCAAAGUGAACAGGCCAUUGGAGAGGCGAUUGGACAUGAUUUACUUAAACUUCUCUUACAAAGAGUUAGACAUCUCGUUCAUCGUAUUUUUGGAUAUCCUGAAAAACGGGUUUUAACAUCUUCUCGUGAAAGUAGAGGAUCACCUUUUAGGUACUAUUCUGCCGUAAUUCAGAGUGAUACAAACUCUCCACUUAGUUCAAGAAAGGCGUCACCUGAAAUAGUAUCAGAUAAGAUGGUUAGAGAUGAAAAAGAGACCAUACUAUCGCCAUUAGUGAUAGAUCAUAAGCAGAAUUUUACCUCUUCUUCUCAUUCUCCUAAUCAUGGGUAUAAUUUAACAAAUACAGAAUUAAGAGGGACAUUGUCCAAUAAUAAUGAAAACGGAAAAAUACAUUGUGAAGAAGUGAAUAUCACAUGUAAUAGUAACGAAAAUGAUACGACUGAAAGACCGACAAAAAAGAGAAAAAUUGAAGAAGAAGAAGAAGAAGAAGAAGAAGAAAAUAAUUAUCAAGAGGAUGUAUUGGAGACUUGGUGCCCUAAGAAAGGUGAUUUGGUGGGACGAGGACCUGCAUGGAGUUUUGAUAGUCAAGGUGGAACUUGCGACAUUGGUGAGAUUGUAAAUGUUACAGCAACUGAUGAAGUUUUAGUACAUUGGUUGAAAAAUGUUGAUUCAGUUAAUGAAAAUGAUGGAAAGUAUCGCGUGUUUCGUUAUAAGUAUAAAAAACCUCAUGAAGAAAUUGUUUCAUGGGACCGUUAUUUGGAAAUACAAACUAUAAAAACAAAAAAUAUUAACUUUAAACUUGAAGAAUUUAUGUUAAACUGUGCUUUAGUUGGAAUUCUUUGUCAUCAGAGAGAAGCUGUACUGCCUGCUUUACAAUUCCAGGCUAUAGAAUCUAUGAUUCAUGUACUAGAAAGUGUUGACUUAACAAAUGUUGCAACAUCUACUAUUAAGAUUGAAAAAAUUACUGAAGAACGUGAAAGGAAAUUAUUAGGAAGUGAAGAAGAAGAUGGAGCAGUUGAUGAAGAUGCAUUAGAGACUCAUUUAAUGUGGGAUUCUACUCUUUCCUUAGCAAAGGAGGAGUAUCGUCAAGUGAGAGAAAUUGUGGCGAGGGUGGUUUGGGUCUUGAAUGCUUUACUCUCUCAUAAAAAAUUGGCUUUUAUUUUUCUCGAAUUGGAUGGUCUACGUCAAAUUAUGACUUUGAUUAAUGGACAUUUAGAGGUUUCAACUACAUAUGGAUGUUGUAUAGUACUUUCUCAGUUAGCGAGAAGUUCUGUACUUGAAAAACUUCUUCGAAAUCACAGUGAAUAUUUUGAACCCAUAUUAAAAUUUAUUCUUCAUCAAUGGAAGAAUGCUUCUAACCAUGACGUUCAAGGUAGUGCUGGUGGUUUUCUUUUUCAUGCUCUAAGUUUUCCUUGUGUUGUUUCAUUCUUUGACGCUUAUCAAGGUCCACAAACAACUGUGGAUAUAAUAGAGCAACUUUUAAAAAAUUCAGAGGAAAGAUUUGAUAUUGUUUGCCCAGGGUUAUCUUUGGCAGCAUUAAAAUGCUUUUACGUCUAUCUUGUUUCUCAUUUAAUGCUAUCUACGAGGGUUUUAUUUAGAAAACAUCGUUAUUUGUCGGUUUUGGUAACCAAUUCUUCUGCAGAAGUCUCUUUACCUAGAGAUCCAGCAACUGUUGAAUCUUUUCUUAGUUUUAUUUCGGCAACUUCAGCAUCUAUUCCCGAUAUUUCUAUUGAAACUGUUCAAAGUUUACUUGCUUGUGAUAGACUUACUCCUUUUCGUUCAUUAAUAGAUAAUAAUUUUCAUCAACUUUUACUACGUUGUGCACAAUUCUAUUUUUCUCAGAGUCGAUGGGAGUUGCUUGCAGCUUCAUUAAAUGUUCUUUGUGUUCUAUCAGUAGUUCCAUUUGUUCGACCUUUAAUUGCAGACGCCCGAUACCCUGAAUCUGGAAUUGUACAUUUGAUAAUGAUAGUAAGCGAUUUAGUUGCUGCUUUUCAGAGUGGAAAUACAUCUAGGGAAUUACAUCUAAUACCAUGUGUUGCUACUUCUUUACAAAUUCUUUUGCAUCUGACAGUACCCCCAAUUGAUAAAAAUGAUGAAGCAGCUGUGGCAUCCUUUAAUCGAGUAUGUAGUGUCAUCAGAGCUAAUGACGGAGUUCGAAUUUUAUUGGAGGUUUUGAGAGUAAAAAAAGAUGCGGCAAUGUCAGCUAAACUACAUUUUUUUCCAGUGGUCGCUCGAGCUCUACAAUUAAUGGUGACUCUUAGGCGUUAUGCUGACACUCGUAUUCUCUUUGAUGCGCUAGGAGUAAAAACAGUGGCUCAAGAAUUGCUUAAACAAUACGAAGAUGUUCAAAAAGAAUAUAUAUCAAUGAUGGGUCCUCGUUAUUCAAGAAGUGAGGUUCAUGCAACUGGACGUUUUAUGGAUAAUGUAAAAUGUUUUUUAUCUGAUGAAACAAAUAAAGCGAAUCUAACAGUUUCUGUGGAUCCUGUAGAAUUAGAGCAAAGGCAAGCUAUCAUUGCUCGUUCUCAGAUUAGUUAUUCACGAGAAUCAUUAUUAGAAUUGAUUUCUCGCCAUUUGGAAUCUGAAGGGUUACAAAAUGCAGCUUCAAUUCUACGACAUGAUGCUCAUAUUUCUUCAGACUCUUCAAUAUUGCAUCAACCAAAUAACUUGACAAAUGAUGUAACAACAGUAUCAAAAAUUGGUGCACCAACUCUUGAUUCUAUAAUACGUUCUUAUUUAAGACAACAACAUGAAAAAUGUACCAACCCUAUUGCUACACUUCCUCAAUUUGACUUAAGGAAAAGUCAUGUUUAUUAUCCACCUGUUGCACCUGUUGAUCAUACUCGAAACGCUUUUAAUAGGAGAUUAGCCCAAAAAAUGGGUAUGGAUUUUUCUCUACGCAUGAGAACUAAUGAAAAUCAUCUCAUUUAUCGAUACCCAGGACAUUUAUAUGAUAUUACCGGUGGUGAUGAUGAUGGACUACAAGGAUACAGUAUUGCAUUCUGUGAUAAUGGUGAAACAUUAAUUGUAGGAACAUCAGAAGGAGGACUAGUUCUUUUUGAUACUUUCCCAGAUGAUUCUUCUAGUGAUAAGUUAUUAGAGCAACAUCUGGCUUUUGACAAUGAUAGUGUUUCGGGAAUUUUUGUAUCAAAUGAUGGUGUACUGUUGUCAGUAGUGAGUUCUGAUCAUACGAUAGCUGUUAUGCAACGUGAUUCAUUACCAGUUGUCAAGUAUCGUGUUGAGGGUAGUAGAGCUGCGAGAUUUUCAAAUUGCAACACCUAUCUUUUAACAACAUGUGAUGAACAACACUCUUGUAGGUUGUAUGAUAUUUCAGCAGAGCGUGAAGUGCAUCAUUUUAGUGAUCCAUCAUGGGUUGGUGAAAAUUUAGAUAAUGUAGCUAGUUUUGAUGCUACAUCUCAACUUAUACUAAGCGACGCUGUUCUCUGGGAUAUUCGUUGUAGUGAUAAACCUAUAUAUAGGUUUGACCGUUUUACCGAGUCUUUUUGCAACGCUUUUCACCCUUCUAAUCUUCUUGUACUGAUCGACGAGAAAGUUUGGGACCUUCGAACUUUGACAAUGCUACAAACAGUACCAUCUUUUAAAAAAACCAGCAGUUUCCAUGCUAACUCUUGCGGAGGAGUAAUUUACAGCUUUCGUGAGGCUUCCAAUCUUACUAAUUUUACUUCCCCUGUUCUUUCUGUUGUGGAGAGCUACACCUUUGAAACAGUUUUUUCCACUGAGGUACACCCACCAUUUCGAGCUUUUGCACUUGAUCCAUCAGACCGCUACUGUGCCGCUAUUCUUGAACAGGAUGUGGGGGCUGUAGUACGGGUCUUUUCUACUUCAUCCGGACCGCUUCCAGGACAGCAGUCUUUCCCCUUUCCCCAAAAUGAGCAUGAAAACGGUAGUGAAGGUGAUUUGGGAGAGAAUGAGGAUGAGGAUGAAUUGGAUCACGACAGCUUCUGGUCUACCGCAGACGAGGGUGACGACACAGACGAUGACGAUGAUGAAGAGGAGGGAGAAGAAAGUGAGUUAAGCUACGCUGGAGCUGCUACCGAUACAGACUCGUACGAAGGAGAUAGUUUUGAGAAUGGUACACUGACUACAGGUACAGACGACGUGGACGGGGUUCAACAAUCAAGUGAGUCCUCUGAAGAGACGGAAGAACUCCGUGACUCAUCUAUGAGUUCAACAUAG